GGAGCAGAGUCAAGGUGUGUGUGGAGAUGUCGAGAAGCAGGUGCUCGGUCUUCGUAGCUGUGGCUAUUCUGGUCGAUGGUUGGUUUCCAAUAGAACCCAAUCUUCAUCCUUUCCCUCGUAUCAUACCGUACGACUCUGUGGUCGGAUCCGGUUCGCUGAGCUGCGACUCGGAUCUUCCACUCUUGGCGUGGGUAUCUGGAUCUUGGAUUUUGAGCGACGAUCGAAAGGAAAUGCGAGCUGGGAAAAAGGUUGUUUGUCCUUCUCUGCCAUGCCAUGAGAAGAUCCAAUUCCAUCCUCUACCCCUUUCCAAAAAGCGAGAUACAACUGCCUUUCUCGAGUAAAGAGGGCAUGGCAUGAUUGCGGGUGGAGCUGUAUCGACAUGCUUUGCAACCCCAUCCGAUGUUUCAUCCUCACUCCGAAGCAUCUCGCGGGGAAAGCACUUUCUUCCCGCGUUGUGAUCAGGCUGCAACGAAAGCUGUCAAGCGAACGUGUUAGAGAAAGUAGAUCAUCAUACUCUGUCUGUCCAACAACAGCAGUUGACUCGUGUGGACUUCGAAAAACAGUACGAUAGCAGUUGCUCAACUCGAGCAUUCACUCGUUACGCGGCAGCACAGACCCCAGACCCCAGAGGAGUAAUGCUGGAGCUAGGUUGUUCAUUAAUCCCGAUCGAUUUCAUUAUGAUUUACGCAUGGCACUGUCCACAAAAGUUCUGCUGGUCGGGCAAAGCAUCAUGAAUCAUCCAUCGUCCUUGACAAAGCAUCGGCUCUGCCUCAUGUGACCGAACUAUGUCACUGCUGCAGAUUCAGCCAAGACAAAUGAAGAGACAUCCAAACUGCGUCAGAUUCAGCGAAAUGCUUGUAAAGUAGAAAUUCUGAAGCUGAGUUUCCAAACCAUCUAUUCUCCUUCGGAUUCUCGACGAGAUCCAUUGGUGAGUACGAAAAGUGGUUUCAGAGUGUCGAAGUCACUCGAUGAGCCCCAGUACUUCUGUACUUAACAAGCAGUGCUUGAAUCUUUUGUAAUAACUCUCAAUCCACAAAUCAUGAUACGCGAACGCUUACUUCCGACUUUGUAACUCCUCCAAUGGCUAAUCCGUCCUUCAUUCGCACUGGGCUAACUUCGUUGUCAGUAUUCUAUGAAGUGCAGAGGUUUGUGUUCUGGACUUGGG